AUGGCGGUCUCGGUGUUCCCCGGCGUGCGGCUCCUCUCCAUCGGAGACGCGAACGGAGACAUUCAGCGGCACUCGGAGCAGCAGCCCUUGCGAUUAGAGGUGAAGAGCACACAGGAUGCCGCCCUCAUCAAUCUCUCCAAUGGAGAGGAGGCGAGUGUGUUCAAGUGUUCGGUUUCCAGGGAGACGGAGUGCAGCCGCGUGGGGAAGCAGUCAUUCAUCAUCACACUGGGCUGUAACAGCGUCCUGCUGCAGUUCUCCUCACCUGCAGACUUUCAGUCCUUUUAUAACGUCCUGAAGAACAGUCGUGGUCACUCCAGUGAGCGCUCAGUGUUCAGUGACCGAACAGAGGAGUCCUCUGCUGUACAGUACUUCCAGUUUUAUGGCUACCUCUCCCAGCAACAGAACAUGAUGCAGGACUACGUUCGGACAGGGACUUAUCAACGGGCUAUUCUCCAGAACCACACCGACUUCAAGGACAAGGUGGUGCUGGACGUCGGUUGUGGCUCAGGCAUCCUCUCCUUCUUUGCAGCCCAAGCUGGAGCCAGGAAGGUGUACGCUGUGGAGGCCAGCACCAUGGCUCAGCACGCAGAGGUGCUGGUGAACAGUAACCGUCUGGGGGAGCGCGUGGUGGUCAUCCCGGGGAAGGUGGAGGAAGUGACGCUGCCCGAGCAGGUGGACAUCAUCAUCUCAGAGCCAAUGGGAUACAUGCUGUUCAAUGAACGCAUGCUGGAGAGCUACCUGCACGCCAAGAAGUUCCUCAAACCCAACGGUAAAAUGUUCCCAACCAUCGGAGACGUCCACCUGGCCCCCUUCACAGACGAGCAGCUCUACAUGGAGCAGUUCACAAAGGCCAACUUCUGGUACCAGCCCUCCUUCCACGGUGUAGACCUCUCUGCCCUGCGGGGGGCAGCAGUGGACGAGUAUUUCCGCCAGCCAAUCGUGGACACGUUUGAUAUCCGUAUUCUGAUGGCCAAGUCGGUCAAACACACAGUCAACUUCCUGGAGACCAAAGAAGAGGAUCUCUACAGGAUAGAGAUUCCCUUUAAGUUCCACAUGAUGCACUCAGGUCUGGUGCACGGUCUGGCGUUCUGGUUUGACGUGGCGUUUGUGGGAUCAAUGGUGACCGUCUGGCUCUCAACGGCGCCCACAGAGCCGCUCACUCACUGGUACCAGGUCCGCUGUCUGCUGCAGUCGCCUCUCUUCACCAAAGCCGGAGACACGCUGUCCGGCACGGCGCUGCUUAUCGCCAACAAGAGACAAAGCUACGACAUCAGUAUUGUUGCCCAGGUGGACCAGACAGGAUCAAAGUCCAGCAAUCUCCUGGACUUGAAGAACCCCUUUUUCAGGUACACAGGCUCCACCCCAAACCCCCCUCCUGGCUCACACUACACCUCCCCGUCUGAGAACAUGUGGAACUCGGGGGCGGCCUACAGCAUGAAUCAGGGGAUGGCUGUAUCAGGGAUGCCAGCAGCUUAUGACCUCAGUACAGUCAUCGGCAGCGGGCCCUCAGUGUCUCACAACAACCUCAUCCCCCUGGUGAACACAGGAAUUGUAAACCACACCCACUCCAGGAUGGGCUCCAUCAUGAGCACAGGGAUCGUCCAGGGAGCCACCACGGGUCAGUCGGGUCCCAGCAACAGCGGUACUUACUACCCCGUCACCAACCAGUUCACCAUGGGGGGUGCGGCCAUCUCCAUGGCCUCGCCGAUGGUCAUCCCCAGCAACACCAUGCACUACGGCAGUUAAGACGAAGAUGUCGAAGCAGAGACCUCUUCGUCGUCCCCGCCCCCUGCAUGAGAAGAGAUCCCCCCUGCUCCCCCUCGUCCUUCAGCCCUGACUGACCCACCGACCGCAGCCAAAACCAGUAUACCAAACCCAGCGCUGAGCUGCCCCCUUCCCCCUCCCCCUCCCCCUCCCCUCCUCGUUCAGUCCAACACUCUCUGAACGGUGAACGCUCUCGUAUCCGUCCACAUGCUCGUCUUGCUGACAGACGACCCCCCCCCCCCCACCCUCUCCUGGAUUUCCUGGGACUGUAACACGUGCACAGAGAAGCACUGCAGCUAUCAUCCACCCCCUCUCCUUAAACAUGUAACUGAAUCCCCCCCCUCUUUAUUUUUGGUAUUAUUGUGUGUCAUAAUUAGCCCGGUGUCUCGUCACUCGGUUCCCUCCUGAAGAAUCGACGUGUUUCCAGAUAUCAGCGUGUUCCUGCAGACGGACUACACUAAGGGAGGGUUCUCUUUCGGACAUAAGGACACUUUUAUCAUAAACACUCAUCUCUGGGCGGCCAUCUUGGCUUUUCAUAUCCGAUCCAGUCUUCAAAGACCUCGCUGUUCUUCUCUGGACAGACUCACUCAUGCAGGACGAGGGAUGUUGCGACGCCAGGUUUCUAAACUUAGAUUUGAUUCUAGUAAAAAUGAAUACCUGUUUCAUUACCACGGCAACCAAAACAGAACUCCUAGGUACCUAAAAACGGGUCAUUGUGCACAAAUAAGUUAGCUACAUUUCAGACUGGAAACUUUGCCACUGUAUUUGUGCAAUUUAGGUAGAACUGUUUAUUUCUAUCAAUCAAUAAAAUCACAGAGAUUGUAUCAGUUUAAAACGUGUAGUUUGAUGUAAACUCUGUAAUCAUCUGAAUAAGCAGAGCAAAAUAGAAGAACAAGGCAUCAGGAAAUAACACACUUUUGGUUGCCAUGGAGUUAUGUUUUUGUUGCCAUGGUAUCAGACAGGAAUCGAUUUCUUUACAAGAAUCAUAUCGAAGUUUAAAUUCUGUCAUGGCAACAUCCCUCCCCAGCGUAGAAGGAGAUCAGUACAACAGUCUGCCAAAACGUUGUCAUUUUAAAGCCUGUAAACCUGGAACACGCCACCUGCUGCUCCACGCCACCUGUUCUCUUCCCCGUGUUCUUAGACGAGUGUCAUCGCAGCCGGCGCCUCCUCGGACGGCCGCUCGCCGAGACAGAUUGCUCCGAAGAUUCAGAGACAGAAGCAGGAAGGACCCGGUGACUCUGCAGGUCUGCAGCCAUUGGCCUGCAGGAAGGAGAGAAACUGUGAUCUGCAAACUCCUCGUCUCCUCCUUCUCGUCUCCUCCCCCUUCCCUCUGAGACUGAGAGACUGUCGCACAGAGACUUUGAUGUCGGGGCAUGGGAGGCGGAGUCAGUCCCCCCGCCUCCCUCCUCGUUCAUUCACAAAGUAUGACCUCCAACAUAUCAUAACCUCCGACACCCCCCCACACACACACACACAGACCCCGCCCCCUUCUAUCAGCCUGCAGAAGGAGAGAGACUGACACACGUAUGCAUUGCUUCCAGUGUCACAUCAGGCGGACUCGGUUUGUUUGGGAUUAAAGAUUUAGCGAGUUUCGAGAGAGCUGAGAGAAAAUGUGUCUUUGUAGGAUUAAUCUUUCUGUUGUUUUUAUUUUGUUUUUGUUUUUCUUUCACAAAAAAAACAAGAAACCAUGAAAAAAUUAAAUGUGCUGGAGAUGUUCCAAAACCAUCCCGGAUCAGCUGUUGUAGUAUUUGACUUUCAGAGACAGCAGAUGUUCCCGUGUGGUAGCUAGCUGUUAGCUUCAUGUCAUGAGUCAUUGUGUAGUCCAUAGAGGCGUCCACUUUUAUCCUGUAUGAGGAAGACUGUCAUGUUGUCAUUUCUGUGUUGACCAGCAGUAAUAACACUUUCUCACUGUCUCA